GAUCAAAGCACGCCUGAAACACCCUCACCGUCUUCUAUGCUGCUUGUAUCUUCAACAGUGGUGUCGCAUCAGUCAGGUAUGUUAUUUUCAGAUGAUCUCAUCGAGAUACAACGAACAUUACAGUCGAACCUCCACGGGCGACCAUCUCUAUUGUAAACGACAUCUUCCUCUAAGCGACCAUGUUUGCAAACUACCAAAAUUUUCUCAGUCAGAACCCUAUAAAUAGAAACUCUCGAAAGCGACCAUCUCUUAUAAGCGACUGCGACCACCUUUUGGCUGCAUGGUUUAAUAUUUUUCCGUUGUUUUUGACCCCUCGUAAUCGACCACUUGACGCCCGACCACUCUAUGUUCGCUGAAUUUACCACGCCACUCAGAGUAUAUGUACGUAUACGUAACUUAAAAAUUACAUGCCAUAGACCUUAUUCACGAUGCCCGCCAUCUUUGCACUCGCUUUUAAGGACUGAUGGGAUAAAAAAGUGAUGUCUUGUGGUUUCUCAGGGGGCAAACAAGUGAUAAAUUUUUCCAAUACAAGAAAUCGCAGUCAACUUUGUUUACUCUUGACAACAGAAAAUGAAUAACUCUUUUUAGUAAAAUUCAGCUAGUGGUCUAUCAGUGCUGUGUUCUGAUUGGUUGAGCUACUACUAGGCUAUAUGUUAUAGCCCAACAGUAGCGAAAAGCGCGGGCUCUUUGGCGACAAAAAAGGAUUAAAGUCUAGCUUUAACUAGCUAAUUUUUUUUUUAUUCUCGAUAUUUUUGACCAACUAGUUGGAAUUUACUAGAACAAUUAUUCCUCUCCCCCUCAUGGCCUCUGAGUCAGUAGCCCAUUCGGUCUUCGGCUUCAUGGGCUAUUGACUCAGAACCCGUUCGGGCUCGAGGAAUUGAUUAAAGACGAUAAUAGCAAAUUAUGGGUGGAAGUGAUCAUUGUUGCUUUUUUUAAUGGAGUACCGACCGAAGAUGUCAUCGUAGCAAGCAAUAAUGACGUAAGUUUUGUUGAAACUCAAACCGUUCAUUCUGCAUGACUGAAUCGAUAGUUGUUUCGGUUUGACAGAAUAAACAAAGUGGACCUCGAUUUCUCGCAACGGCAAAUUUUAUCGUUUGUUUGCCCCCUGAUGUACCACGUGAUAUUUGCUUUUAGUAAAAUCCAACUAGUGGUCUAUUAUCAAUGCUGUGUUCUGAUUGGUUCAGCUACUACUAGGCUAUAUGUUAUAACCCACUAGUAGCGAAGAGCCCCGGACUUUUGGCGGUAAAAAAGGAUUUACGUCUACCUUUAACCAGCUAAAAGUUGUUGUCUCGAUAUUUUUGACCAACUAGUUGGGUUUUACUAAAACAAUUAUUCCUCUCGCCCUCAUGGCCUCUGAGUCAAUAGCCAAUUCGGCCUUCGGCCUCACGGGCUAUUGACUCACAGCUCGGGCUCGAGGAAUAAUUGUUAAUUAUCCCAUCAAUCCUAAAGCGUGUGCAAAGAUGGUGGGUAUCGUGAAUAAGGUCUAUUAACUCUCUGCUCUGCCAAAAAGGAAGAUGUAUAAACUUAUUCCCGUAAGACGCCCCCUGUAGUUUAAUGCUCGUUUAUUGGAGAUUAAGUUUACCAGCAUCUUUACCAGGCAGAGUACAAUUCGUGCCCAAUUUCUUUCUACAAGAAGAUAAUCUGCAUCUAGAAUAAUUUGGCCCAGUAUUACAACAAAAAAAGCUACCUCUCGUUGAACUGAUAUGGCUGAUUUUUUUCUGGUAUUUCAUCAGGCAGCCGAAUCAGAUUUUACGUCAUCUAACUCUGAAAGAAUAGAAUGCUUAACAGCAAUGAGGAAUCUCAAUGCAUUUUGUAGAAAAAUUGAUAGAAUUGUAAACUUUUGAAAGAGAAAAUUUCUGGGGACGAGGUUUAGAUGCAAACUUCGUUCACAUGGCACCGGAAAAAUCGAGGACAAACUUUCGACCGGUUGAAUAUUCAUGCGUUUAGGAGAUCUUUUAACAGAACCGGUCAAAAAUUUGAACGCCACAACCUAGGUCAAAUUUUUAGCCGGUACGGCCGAAAAUUUGACCAGCGCGAUCUGAACACCAUAACCCUGGCAGUUAGAGUGCAGAUUCCAAUCAUUAGAAGGAUUCCAGAUUCCUCGAGUAGAAUCACAGAUUCCAAAUCCCACGAUUUCGCAUUCCACAAGCAAAUUGUUUCUCUGAUUCCGGUAUCCCGAACACAUAUCUUACAUGGAGGGAAACAACAGCUAUAAACAAACAAACAAAAACAAUUACUUUAUAUGGAGCUAGACUGAUCCCACACUAACAGGUCUAUAAGGCAAUUUCGGUACUUACCAGACGAUCAAAAAAUUGACUCAGAAAAUAUUGAAGUAUUACUGCUUGAAAAUGUAAAAGAGCAAAAAAGGAAUAACGAAAUGCCAAAGGGAACACGAUUGGGUAAAACUGAACAAGAUAUUGCAUUCAGGUAAAUUUGAAGAACAAGUUUGUUUUAAGUUGUACUAAAGUCGGAUGCUCGGGAAUCAUCAGUUGUUGUGUGGAGAUGACAAUUUUGUCAGCCAAAGAGGUCUUUUUCUUCAAGUCAACAGAGAAAGAUAAAAUUACCGAAAAUACCGUGGCUGAACGCUCUAAAAUUACCAAGAAAUACGGGAUAACACUUGUGCUGAAAAAGUAUUGUAAUUGUUUCGCUUCGUUUGGGAUUCUUAGAUAAGUCAAAUUUAUCAAAAAUACCGGACUGCCCGGCAGUCGACCUGAAAAAAGUUCUAAGUGUCACAAAGCAUGGUUUCGUUUUCUGAGCCCAGCGCAAGGCAAACGCUACACUUGAGAUCUAAAAAAGCAUUUCAGGAGCGCUUGACUUUUCUUAAUCGACAGAUGAUAGUUAGCAUUAGCUUGUUUUUUCGAUUUGUGAAAUUUACUGAGAAUGUAUAGGACUGCGAGAUAAAUGUUUCAGAAAUUUUGCCUUCGCGAACAAUCAAGGUGAAUAAAAGUAAAUUUACUUUUGAGAUAGCGACAUUACUCGGUUCUCUAUUACUCGCGCUCGUUACAUUACAGACUCAGUGAGGUGUGCGAGGUUGCCAUUACUUUCGAUUAUAAGUGAUAAGAAUCGCAGAGAAUACUAACAGCUGCCGAUAUUUGCAAGAUUGAUCUCAAUGAGUGCUUGCGCAAAAAUAGAAUGAUCUACCCCUUUUUCAUAGACUGAGAAAACAAAAGAGAAUGGGGCCUAGAAAAGAGCGGAAUGCUUGUCAGCGGAGUUUUCUUUUGCUCAUGCUCAUUGCCGUCGUUCCUUUGGCGUCCAUUUUGAAAGUGACCAGAACCAGCCUCCUCCUCAGGCGCUUCGUUUUUCGCAUGGCGAGCGCGAAACGCGAGUGACUGGUGAUGAACCGCAAGGGACAAUGGGAAGGGUACAGACGGCAGUUCAGUCAAGUUCAAUGACAACAUGCCCAUUCAAUAAUCUCAGUAGCCCAUGCACAGCAAUUUUUUCUGAGGGGAAGGGGCAACUGUACACAUGCUUUUAUCACAGUAUUAGUUCAAAAAACACACGUCAACCCAAUUUCCAUUGUCCAAAAUCAAGGAAUUAUAGGAGCAAAGUAUUUUGUUACUUUGGGCAAGACAGCUAGAUCGAGUUUAAGUUGGAUUAGGGGUGCAGGUGCAGGUUUUCUCUUUUGCUGACCAUAGUUCAAUGACCUGACCACAUCUCAGUUCAAUAAUCUUGGUAGAGGUUCAUAAAACAUACAUCAAUUCAAUGUCCAGUGACACUAAUUUAAGGAAUAGGAGCAAUAUUUUCUAUUUCUCUGGGUGAGGUCGAAGCAAUGGAAAGGGGUGAGGGUUUUGCAUGGCAGAGCUUCUGGUCCAUGCAUAAAACAGCUGGCAUUUUUCAUUGCUUGACACUGUUAAUAGACCUGCCAUUAGCCUACUAAUAGUGUAGUGUAGUGUUUUUUACUGCAUAUUCUUCCAGUUUGUCCAGGGGCCUGUUUUUACUGUUCUUUCCAUUCAAUGCUUGUAUCUUGAUUAUAAUUUUGUAGUUAAAAUUUCUAGGAAGGGGGUUGGGGGUUAGUAGUUAUGCAGAACCAUCUAUACUUACUGUAACGUUUUUUGCAUUUCAAGGUAAUUCUGUGCCCAUUGAUAAUUAUUAGAUGAUCUUGUAUUCCUCUGCAACUCCAAAGCAGGUCAAAAACUACCCCUUCAGAAGACUCAGACUUUUGAGGGGAAUUUUAUGCUACCACAGGUUUGCCAAGAAAGGAACCAUGUAUAAGCAAUCACAGGAACAAUAAUGUUGAAUCUGGGUAGAAUGAUCCCAAGAACUUCAUAAUACUCAGUCUUUCCUACCACCAGUUGGCACUGAGACAAUGCAAUCAUCAUUCUCUAAAAUGGCAUUCACAGCAUCUUGUUUGCCAUGAAAUUUGAAAUAUUGAAACACAAUUAUUUUUUUAAAGAAGGUGUCUAGGACAACGUCUCCUGUCUGGCCAAAUGGUAGUUACGAUGGUAUCUCAUCAACUACAUCACCCUCUUCAAUCAAAACAAAACAAUAUUGUCUAUCAAAUUGAAACCAAAGUUACCAAUAAUUUUUUUAUUAAGACACAAAUGAUGCGUUAUAAAAGAGCAUGGCAAAACCCAAUUGGUCUAUUGUGUAAUAUCACAAAAACAAAUAAAAAACAAUACAGACAAUAAGUAUUUGCUGCACAUUCGACACAGCUUCAUCAUAAAAUGAGGUACAUAAAUAAAAAGUAAGUAGAAUUUAUUUACACCGGGCUGUGCAUUCAGUGACAAGUCUAGUACCCAGUGAGGUAAUCGAACAAUAAAAAACUACAAAUAAAAAAAACCUAGACCUAGUUUUGUGGCUGUUUUUCCUGUACAUAAGCUUACAUUGUCGAGCAAAUGAUACACAAUGCGAAAUCCUGAGACAAAAAUUUAACAGAUUUAAAAAAUAUUUUAUCAUCUAUUUAAUAACAUAACUUAGAGGUCUUGAGACUAGACUGGUUUGUUGCCUUUUCGAGUACUCAAGAUACAGCGUGCAGCGAACAGUAUUUUAAAGCUUUACAAAAUAUUUGGCUUCAUUUGCUUGUUGCAACAAUUCUCAACUCGCCAUUUUUCACUUCGACAGAAGAGAUCGUUUCAUCACUCGGGACCUUAACAGAAACGACUACUAAAUUACUAACUUACUAAUUUUCCUGACCGGCUGUUACCUUGGCGUGCGGCAGUUUCAUUAGGGAGCUUAAGCAGUGACGUUUUUGAGCGACGCACGUCAACCGGAAAUGGACUUUUUGCACACUUGAACCGUGAUUUUCAACACAUUUUUGGGCAGAUUGUCUCUACAAGAAUUAAGCCAAUUGGCAAUACAAAUACAGUAACGUCAAGGCUUAUUAAAAGAGAAAAAGGCUCACUUCCGGUUGACGUGCGUCGCUCAAAAACGUCGCUGCUUAAGCUCCCUAUUAAAUUAAAGGCAGUACCGUCCCGUCCGCGGCUAGUAGUGUUUCGAUUUAAAGUUCGGUAGUAAACAUUAUGAUGCUUGAGUCCAACGUGUGGGGGGAAUACAGCUUCCUCUUCAUACACACGACGUGGAUAGGCAAUAAUUUGCUCAAAAUUCGCAAAAUGAGCAGCGCUGAACUUAUUUUAAAAACUGCAUAUUCAUCCGCCAUUGCUCUUGCCGCCAUCUUGAAAACAAGAUCUGCCAGACGUCUCGCCCGUUGUCGCCCGCCUUCCUUUGCGCGCACAUUUUCAUCAAAAGAGAGACGUCUGGGUACGAGGCAGGACCAGAACGGCUUCAAAUUGGUUUCAAACUUGCCAGCCUCUUUAGGCUUUAGGAGCGUGAAGUCUGUUUAUUUUUGCUUCCCGAUAGCACCACGAAACAUCUAAGGGUUGUUAUGUAUAUUUAACGACCUCUACCGGGGUUCAGUAAUCGAUCGCUUCCCUUGUAAAGCGACUCUUUUCUUACACGGUUGAGCAGAAUGUGAGACAAAAACCUCGUGAUGCGCAAGUUUUAUUUGAAAGUUGGAGUGUCUGAUUGUGCUAAGGCUAUCCAAGACGGAGGAUGUUGAUGGAGAAUACACAAAAUACAGAUAGCAAGACGAGGUAAGCUGCUCUGGUACUGAUCAAUAACUAGUACUUAGCAAGUGUAAGGAGCUGUGACACGAAAUUUAUCAAAAUUUCAGCAGUGGGAACCACCACCACCUCAUUGAAACAAAAAAAACAUAUCUGCUCAAAACAUGAACAGGACGUUUAAGUAACAAAGCAAAGAGCAAGAGUGAGUACAAAUAAAGAUUGUUGUUUUUGUUAAAAUGAGGAACAGAUGGACAUGAUGGACUUUUAAUAAAGAAAAUUGAAAAGGAUGGUAAUUGUUCCUUUUGAAAUUUGUUAGCCUAACAGUUUUGCAAAUUUCAUUUUUCUGGUCUGUAGAGUUUGGUGCUUGGGAGACAUAUUUGUUGACACAAAGCUGUGACUGACAAGUAAGUUUGUGGCAAAUACAGUACGUGCAAUUGACAUGAUUAAAAGAAUGAUGCAGACAAUACUAAAUAUUGUGACACAGCCUCUUUAAGUCUUCAUUUCAGUUGUCUGUGUCGCAGACGCUCUAAACCUUCUGUAUAGAGCGUUCGCGAAUUAGUGCACAAUAUUGUGUUCGAAUCCCGCAGAGUCGCAAGGACAUGUCAGCAUUUUUGAUUGGCUACUUUCUAAAGCAGUUUUUGAUUAGUCUGAUUUUAAUUAAUUGUUGACAGGCCCAACUCGACUAAUAGCUCGCUCAUGACAAGAGAGACUGAGCUUGUGAUAGUGUGAAACGUGACCUUAGAGUCAGCUUGAACAACAGAAGUGUUUCUUGCUCUCUUUUUGUGUAGUUUAUGCAGUGCAUGGAGUAUCAUACACUUCCACUAGGCAAAAUUUUUUGGACCACUUCGAGUCUCACUUUUAGAGGUUAUGAAGCUGGUCUGUUCUAUGCAUAGUGAGUAAUUUUGUUUCUGCAGAUGUUUUCUGACAGGAUAUGAUCACAUAUGCAGUUAACCACAAAAUGAUUUUCGUUUACCUGUGUUUUAAGCCUUAUGGUUUUUUGUUACGGCUAAAUAACCUUAGUUUCUUUGGUUUUCUCCUAAAUGCCUGGACCUGAAUAGCAACAUGUGUGUAAUUUUUUUUUUUAUUUGCAGUGAAUAUUAUGAUUUCCUGAUUUGUUUUGAUGCUAGAACUGUCGGCUAAAUUGCAGAAUACGCGGCAGUACAUCUGCAGCGAUUAGAAGAUGCUGGAAAACCAGUCAGCAAAUUUACAAGCAAAUUCUGGCCUUGAAGGAAUUCUCUCAAAGCAUUUUUGUUCUUCAGAAGAAGGCUUUAAAGUUUGAACUUUCAUUGUUUACAGUAAACGAUCCUUGCCGACUCAAUUCUGCGAAUUUUGACAAGUCACUGCGCCCAUCCAUCAUGCAUACGUAAGAAUUAGGCCAAUCGUGAGGCACAUAAGAAAACCGUAAGAAACUCGCCUAUCAGAAACGCUCACAAAUAUCCUUGCGUCUCUGCUGGAUAUUGUAAUGUGUUUUCGUGCACUAAUUCGCUAACACACUAUGCAAAUGGUUUAGACGACUACGUGGGCUAGCUGCAAUGCGGGUUACAUUUCAGUGGACAGCAGAAAGUUCUCUCAAAGCAAGCAGGAUCAUGGAACUUAAUUUCAGUCACAAGUUACAGUGCUGUAUGCUUAGUCAAUCAAGACAAGUUCUGCAAAAUGUAAAUCUUGAAAUACAUGUACUACUUCCAUGCUAAAGACAAAAAAAAAAAAAUUCCAGUUGCUUGAUAUUAGUAUUUAUCAUAAAAUUAUGCCUUGUACCUUGAGUAGGCAAGAUGAAGCAUACCCUGCUAGCCUGAGUAUCAGGCCUUCCUAAGGGGCUAGGGGAGAGGAGAUUUUAGAUGGGGGAGUGGGGAGGGGGAGAAGAGAAAGGAAGGCGUGACACAAAACCAUUCAGGAAAUCGUGUGACACAUCCAAAAUCUGGAUGUGGCAGUGAUUGGAUAACACACAAUACUCCCUGACGUCACCGACCGCAAGUAAAUACGAGCAGAACGAUCGGCAAGAAUUUGCCAUCGAUGUUUUGAUUUCAUGUGGUACUUUAUGGACAGAGACGUAGAGAGGAAUUCAAAAAGGCUCUAGAGGGCGCUCUCAAGUUCUUUCCUGGAAUAAAAAUAAAACCGAGCAAGAAUUGUGUUUUCAAAGCCUCGUAGUUAAAAGGAAAGAUGUUCUCGGAGAAUGGAAAAGCCUCAUAUACCAGCUUCUGCCGAAACUAUGUAUUGAGUAUUGGUUUCACAAGACCAGGACAAAGAAGACGAUAUCAGUGCUUCAGAUAUCUAAGUUCUGAUUUACAACAUCCUGCCGUUAAAAGUGUAUUGUUAAUGUAAAUAAAAUUAGAGCGAGGUAGCCAUGUAUUGAGAAUAGCCGACAGCACCAAAGCUUUAACCUGACUUUGCUUGUGGCGGUUACGAUAGCGUAAGUGAUUGGAAUUCGUUCGCUUCCUCUUCCAAUUUUUUUUUUUUUCACUUUUGAAAUGUCUUAAACUCAAGCGGGCGCCAUCAUAUUUCGCCAACAGGAUUGACCUUUGCUAUAGGCUCUCCCUUCUUUCUUAACUGAACUUGUAACAGCUUUCACGAGCUCUCUGUGAAGUGGUGGAAUUUGCUGCUGCGUGAUAAUUUUCUAGGCAUAUAGGUGUUUCACCAUCGCACCUUCCUAUUUAUUCUUGUAGCUCCUUUCAACCACCCGCGAAUACGAGGGAUAACCAACAAAACUUCAUUCUUGAAGAAGAAGAUAUUUUCCCUUAGACGAUUCUCGGCCUGAUCUACAUCAGCUUUUUAGCUGCUAGACUCUCUGUUGUAUGUAAACAAAAGCAAUUUACAAUUCUCCGGUCACACGUUUAUUUGCAAACAGAGCGUUAUCGAUUUUUUUACUAGCACAAUUCCUAAAACAUGUUAUAACUCCUCAAAAACGGCAGGUUUUCCAUUACAAGUAUUCGACAACUCCUCAUUAGAGGUUUCAGAAAAAAGUGAAAUUGUAGCAACACAAGCACCAGAGCUCGGCCAGACUGUAAGGUGAGAUUUAUUGUAGGCGAGCUUUUUGACACGUGAAGCUGACAACCCAAUGACCGGAAGUGAUUUUGAUUGGAUGGUAUCGAAUCAUGCUGUGUGGGGGUGGAAGGCUCCAGUAAAAGCAUCUGUGUCAGGCGUUUCUCUCCUUCAGCUCUCUCCCUUUUUCGCUUCCAUCUUUCCUCUUUUCCCCCAGAAACGCCUGAUACUCAGGCUAAUACCCUGCAUUCUAAUUGGCUAACCAAGCAGGCAAGAUGGGACUCCCUGUAGCUCUGGGCGAGUGCUUUGUCUUAUCUAUUUUUAAUUUUGCUCCAGCCAUGAAUUUGGAUUCUGUUGACUCCUCUAUCAGAUUAGAAGCGAAAUACAAUCCAAGAUGAAUGGAAUAGGAUUGGAAUGGUGCAAGUUACUAGGUCUCCAGCCGAGAAGGCAGACUAAAAGUCCUAGUUCUUGUCAGGACCCUUUUGAAAGCAGUUCUUUUUAUUAGAACUGAUAGGAUACACUUUUUUUCGGUUACUAAGAGUGUGAGGCUUGUUAUGUUUGUCGGGGUUGUUUUUAUUUUUAAUGACAGCUCUGUAUUAAGUACAAUGUAGCUUGAUACCUCAUCAGUAAUACUGUUAUUAGUGUUGCAGUUGUAAUUUUAGUGGAGUAUGGUUUUGUACAAACAAAAAAUCCCACUUUGUUCACUUUAGGCAGAUGUGCAUCUGCUUCAUAACAACUUGUCAUUGGACCGACAAUACAAGCUGAGGAAAGGUAUGAUGAUUUUUUUUCCUGUGCUGUGAUUAUCCAAAAAUAGUUGAACUGUCAAAAUUAAGGUGACUUCCUACAGUUUUCAGAAGAUAAUCAUUCCUAAAUCCUUAAGUUUCUGCUAUGGUGUUUUUUACUGCCUACAAAAAAACUUCUUAAAUUUUCAAAGAGAGUUAUACAGAUAGUAACUCUUAUCCUUGAUUAUUGUUUUACUCUCAGCCUCAUUCAAUAACUGUUAAUUGGUUUGAUGUUUCUAGUGCUCUCUCACCACACAACAUGUCUGUGUGACACCUUUUGGAAGAGCAGAUAGCUAACGAAGAUAACAGUUAUGCCAUUAAGACAGUCAAGCAUAAGUCUUGUCAUAAAAAUAAUAUGGUAUCCAUUGUUGACUGGCAUGUGGUUAAGAGUACAAUAAUUUUGCAAUUGUUAUUGGUAUUGUUGCCUAGACUGAAGGCCUAGGUGGUUAACACCCUUUAAGAUUUGUUUUAUUAUUCAUUCUAAAUACUUCCAACUUAAAAAGAUGCUUUAUACCUUGAUCAAUGAAAAGCUCCCAUCUUCAUAAUACUAUUGAAAUGAUGAAUAUAUAAAUUUCAGGUACUGGAAAAGUGGAAUGAAGGAUAUUAAAUGCAAAGAAGAUCAUCACAGUAGGUCUUUGCAUUUAUUCCUUUAUUCUGCAGUUCCAAUAUAUAAAAUUCAUAUGUUCAUCAUUUCAUCUUUACCUUUCCUGGGUAUAUUACAAACCAAUUUAAUGACCUGGCUCCCAGUUGGCUUGCUACAUGUAGCUCAAUUGGUUAGCCGAGUUCUAAGCUGGUAUCGCAAAGGUCAGGGUUCAAAUCUCGCUGGGCCUGAAUGUUUUUCAGGCUUUCUAUUCGCAACUUAAACUGCGAUGUUCUUCUCUACAUUUAUAAUAUUAUUCUAACAGAUAUUCUUCAAAUAGCAUUUAUCAUCCAUCGAAUGGUAUUUUUACUAUUGUUGCUAUGUUUUUAGCCAGUAGUUAGGUUUUUUUUACUGUGGAUGAAAUCUUUUGUGAUUUUCUUCAGCUCAACCAAAACCAGCUGAGCUACCAUACCUUCAGUCCCUUGUUCUGAACAGUUAUCUGUAAAAGUGACUCAUUUUUCAUAAAUUAAUAAUGGCAAACAACUUCCAAAUUUGGUCAACAGUUGUUGGUUGUGAAGGAUUAGUGUGGGGAUUUUCCAAUUUGAAAUGGAGAAAUGUUUUGAAUGAAUAAUAAUAUUUUAUUUGGCAACCUUUCAUGCAACUCAACGCAAUUAACCAGUGCAAAGUUAUGCACAAUGGUGUUGUUGUCAUUCUGUGUUACUUAAGGUUACCGGAUACCUUCAGCAUAGGCCCCCGGGUUACUCACAUGCAAGUGUGGUAGGGCUUUCCGGUUAAACUGCAGAUAUCUAAACCAUACAUGUAUACCAAUAAUUUAAACCUUUAUUGAACUGGCUAUCUUUAGAAACCAACACUUUUAAAAAAGUUCACUGUCGAUUUUUUUCUGCUUUUUUUUUCUCUUAAAUUGCAGGAUCGUACAAAUAUAGAUACCGUUUCAGCUAAAGGUCAAAGGGAAUUUGUUCAAUGGACCGAAAAUUUUGAGGAACGUUUCUUUAAUUAGUAAGCAACAAACAUGUAAUGGGUGAAUUUUGUGUUUCUUAAAACUUUGUUGUUGAAAGGAAUUUUUGUAUAAUCAUCCAAAUUUUUUUAGCCCUAUUUACAAAUUUUUCUGUAACUUUUCACCAGAAUCGAAAUGGGAAAACCCCCACAAGUUUUAAGCACUUUGACUUCCAAAAGAAUAGAACUAAUUAGUAAGUAAGUAAUAACUUUAUUUAACGAGGGUAAAGACAUUGAUUACUGGUCACCCAGUAGUUUUCAUAAUGGCCCUCCUAAAUUAAUUAAAAAAAUCACUUUGGAUUUUAGCUUUGGAAAGGUGAUUUGGGUUCACAUUAAAAGAAUCGCAAAAAAUUGAUAGUGCAAUUAUUUUAAAAAAAAUGUUGGUCUAGAUAGCAGUUCACCAAGCUUUUAUUUGAAAUAGGGUUUUAGGUGUCUACAGUUUAACUGGAACACACGAGAUCACUUGCACAUGACAUCCCUGAGGGUACAAUGUAUCCGGUAACCUUAAUUUCUUCGCACUUACUCAAAAACCUUAAAAAGCUAUGCAUAUGUUUACAUGUAUUCAGCUGAGUGAAAUUAUGGAUGAAGCUGGUCUGAUUUGAUAUUAUAAUACUUAAAAUGACACUCUCUUCACUUUUAUUUGCAGGUGCCAUUGUUAGGUACCUACAGUCACUUCCUGAAAACCACCAAAAAUAAAAUAGGACAACAAAGUAUGUUCAUGAAGGAAAAGGGUAUGUUGACUUGAACUUCUUUAAUUUUGUAAGCCACUGUAUGUGUAAAAAGCAUCAACCAAUAAUAAAUCUGUACGGUGCCAAAUUACAGUUAACAGCAGUUUUGACUUUGCAAUGACCAAGUAGAUCAUCACCCAUAGGCCCCUAUCACGUCUCUUUUAGACAAAAGAAUAUUUAACUGCAGGCUUAACUGUAAUAGCAGCUGUAAGUUGCUGUUUUAGUUGUAGCAAAAUAUUUUACCCACAAGUAAAUGAUUAAUAAAAUAAAUUUAUUGUGGACAUUUUUUCUGCAAUUAUAGGAAUUAAGACCUCUGCAUAAAAACGAGUCCUAGUACAGGGCAUAUAAUUUAUGUAGCCUGAUUUUAAUGUAAAUUUUAAAAUCUCCUUCAGCUUUUCAGUGCACGAGUUAAAGUGGAGGUCCCCCUUGGGCCAAUGUAUUAAUGAGCAGACUCAAAAGAAGAAUCGAUCAGUCAAGAGAAGAGGAAGUGCGACCACGUGUGCCAAGAUUCGAGGGACCUCUCUCAGAAGGUGGAAGAGCACGCAGAAGAGGUUAAUCUGAACACAACUCAGAGCCGGAGGAGAAAGAGGAGGUGCAGACAGAAAUUCCAGUGGCAUCACCACACAGGAGGAGAAAACGAUACCAUUAUUUUGGAAGUGAUGACUCUGAAACUGAUUAACUCUCUCAUUCUAACAGGCUUCUUAGGGCUAUUUUUUAAUCAUUUUAUUCUGUAACAUACUGAGAAUAGUAUUGUCUGAUAAAUUAUCUUCCUCGUUAUUUCUUUCGAGGUUAGGAUUUCAUCCUAAAUUUACAAAUAGAAACAAUGAAUUAUUUCUACUGCAGCAGUAUUGCUCACAUAUGAAUAGCAAUAUUAUUACUAUAUCAACAAACUUUUGAAGUAACAUUGAUUUUUUUUGUGUUGAAAUGAAAAGGUUUAUCCUAAGUAAGUGCAUGUAUUUAUAAACUAGCUGAUUUGCUAAGCAAUGAUUACUAUUCAGCACUGGAGCUUUUUUGGAUGGUUUUUUAGGAAGUUUUGUUCCUUUCAAGCUUGGUGAAAGAGACAAUGUCAUCUCUUUUUGUAAUUAUCCAGGAGGAAACUUUUAAUCAAUGGCAAAGGAAAAUCCAGGACAAUUUUAAAUGGCAUUUUUUACAAUUAGUUAAUACUGUAUAACUAACUAAAUUGUUAAUUUUUAUUAAAUAAAGUUUUGAUGGCUGAUAGUUACAAUGUCUUCCUUCAUUGAACUGCACGAGACAAAAAGUAGUCCAUGGAGUCGUUUUUAGGGCUUCGUCAUGCGUUCCUUCCCCAAGUAGCGCGAGGCGAAGCCCCAAGAACGUCUGCUAUAGAGGCUAGACAAAAAGGACACUCCUGGGCUUCGGUUAGAUAGAUCUAAGUAUAGACCCGAUGUGAAGGUGAAUCCUUUAAGACCAAAGCAUCUGAACGUCUCAAAAGCGUAAUCAUCCAAUAAUAUAUAAACACGUUCAUGUUCAAGAAUAUGCAAACUGAAUUUCAGGAACGAGAUAAGUAUUUCUAGUCAUAUUCUUGAACGCGAAGGGUGUUCGUAGUUGUUCGAGUAUGAAUACUGCAGAAUACCCACGUAAUGCAAAGUCAUGGGUUCGCAAACGCGGCGAACACUUGAGAUGUGCGUUAGUAUUCGGGCGUGUUCGCGUCCGGUAAACCAUUCGUCACUGUCGUGUUCGCGUCGCAUGCGGACUCGAAAAUUUGUGGUCAUACUAAGAUGUUCCGAUGACAAAUGAUCAUCAUUGUUCGAAGCUGGUCAAUAUCGAUCUUUUUAGAAAAGGAGUCGGGAGUAUGCCGUUUAGAAUGCUUCAUAGUAUUCGAAGGUAUUCUAUUUGAAUUCGGAAAAACAGUCCGGAUUCUAGGUAGAAUAUUCUAGGUGUGCGUCGCGUCAUGCGUGCUUGAAUACCUCAGGAUAUUAUCGUACACUCCACGUGUGCCUAUCCGUAUUCGGGCAAAUUCGGUCGCGAAUAUGUACCUUUUUGCACACUGUUCCUUCCCUUUCAAACAUAUUAAUUAAUGAGAUACAUUGUCUGAGCUUGUUUACUGGGCUCAUUAUCAAAGAGAUACACCAUAUGGAGAAAAAUGGCUAAGGUCAAACGCCCAAAGCCGCCUUUAUUUAAAUAUCAACAUUCUAUUGUCUGAAAAACAUACUUUAAAGAUCAGCCCUGUAAAGGUGAGGGCACAAAAAAACCCCAAAACAAAAUUAUAGCGGAGCUCGCGCGCGCGUGGGCGGAGCCCCAUUGCUAAGUAAAUCUACCCAUCUCAGAAAAUUGGUAAUCACGUGACCGUACACCGACCGACCGCCCGCCGUCCGUCCGCACCACAGGAGAACCAAUGUUUACUCUCACACUUUUAGCUAGUUUGGGAGCCCAAGAGAAAACUAAUUGUUGAAUCAAUCAAUCAUCAAUCAAUCAAUGUUGUGAUCAAUUGACAGCUAUCAAAACAUGGGAAUCCGCUGACUAGUACCACCUGACCGUACCGCGGGCUCAAGUGUCGACCCAUCGAGGUCGAAUAUUUUUUUAAAGUUAUCCGCUGACAAAGUUUCAAAUGAUCGCAGGCUCAAGUUUAUUUUUUUCAAUGUUUCAUAUGAAAUAUGUUGUGUUUAUGUCACUAUGGCCCCGCACUAUUAGGAUUUUGAUUUCAAACUGACCUCGGAAGCGAAAAUUCACCCAGUUUUUUUAAAAGUAAAGGCGGGGGAAGACCUUAUCUUACCAUGGUCACGCGUUGGUCACGCUCUACGUCCAAUUUUUAUACUCUGAUUGGUCAAAAUUUGACAGGUGAGUUCAUGCGGAAAAAUUAUGCAGCAUCUUGAAAGUAGUUUAAUUUGAGAGCUGAAGCUGACAGAGUUUUGUGUCAACUUGUGAUGUUUUUAACUGUCUUUUUCCUCUGGAUGUACAAAAUGAAAUACAGCAGCUAUCAAGAGUCUUCUGUUAUUCAUGGCUGGUUUGUUUACUGGGUUUUGGUUGAGAAAUGCUUCGCUUGUCAAAAUUCGGUAAUUCGAUUGCGGAUGGCGUCGUUUUCGUUUUUCACCUUGCUUAAUGCGUAAGAGGGUUUAAAAGUCUCAAGCAACUGUGGCCUUCCUUGAUAGCUUUCAGUAACUGAAUCUCGAAUGGUAAGCCUAAGUAAUUAUUGUAUUUGAUGUUUGUUUUUGUUAUAUCUAAUUUCAUGAAGUCUUGCAUAGUUCACGCCGACAGUUUAUGCGGCAAGUUUAUGCACGUUUGUAGGAUUUGAGUCGAUGAUCUGACCUAGUAUCAGGUUUGAUGUAAGCUUACAGAACUUUAAAAAGCCUUCAGAUAUAUUUCCUCACCGCAAAGAGGAAGAAAACGUUCCGAAAAAUAUUUAGUUAUAAAUUUGGCUGUAGAAAGAAAACUUUGAGCGAUUUUCUUGCUUCGAGGAGUUCACCUUCGAAAACAGUAAACACCGCGCCGGAAGCCGCAAAAACAUAAACUUAAGAUUUACGCUUAAAGACUCAGGAUUUUUAGAGACACUUUAAUACUUGUCUUCGUGAAUGAAAAUUGUUGUCUCUGUAAAUGUUUCACGGAAUUAUAUCUCUUUUUUGAUUGUUAGUAGUCUCUCUUGCAAUUGUAAUCGCUUGUCCGUGCCGUUUGUUUUCAUCGUUCAUGACCAUCGCUUACAGGAGUACUCAAAAAUGUCGCGCGUAUCAAACGUUUUAUAAGAUUACACAUCGUUAUAACUGAAACCAUUAAACAACAAAACAAAUAAUAAUAAAUUCGCUAUUAUGUUGAAGCGUAACUCUGUUAAAGUCCAUUCAAACACUCGACCACACUGACAGCUCGCACUAUAGAAACGAGAACCAGCUGGCCGUAUGGGUGAUUUUGGAACUUUUAUGAAAUUUUUGAACGGUUUGACUCGUCCUGAAUAUUGACUGAGUGCAAUUUGUCUUGAAAAAUUGUGAAAUACCGCAUUCUGUCUGAGCUCUGUAUGAUAAAUAGUACUGUUUCACCUCAAAUGUGGUGUAUAAAAAUUAUAAAAGGUUGGUUUAAACACCCCCAAAUUUGUUGGCAAGAAUUUGUAAAGUAAACCUGUCGAACGCAAAAAAAUGUGGGGCGAUUUGUUUUCCAAGAAUUUGUUUUCGAGGCCUAAUCUACUGUGAUCUUGAAUGUGAUCGUAGAUGUUUGCUGUUUUUUGGGUGUACAUGUAAGGUUAUCAGUUCGACGUAAGAUGUUUCACUCUAAAAUAACUUAGCCUUUCCCUCAAAAGUCACAUGAAUGUGCCCUUAAGUUAAAUGAUUUGUGGAUUAAAAGUUUAUUGUUUGAUUUAAUUUAUAAAUUUAUUAAAAUUGGAGCUUCGCUUUUAGCCCUGGCUAAAUCUAUAUAUUAUAUAUUUAUGUAUAAGCUCGACAAUAAUACGUAUCAGAGAGGUUGGGAAAAGGGGAGGAGGUGGGUAAAAACAGAAAGCGUCUUUACUCGAUGAAAGUGUGAAAAAAAUGAUCAGUAAUCAAUACUCGCCUCGAUUUCAUACGAGCUCGGAUGUUGUCACGCCAACUUUCUUUUCAGCGUCACACAUUCAUAGAAAAGAUAUACUAAACAACAGUUCGGCAAAAAGGCAUAAAAAUUAUAUUGUCAAGCAAAUAUUCCAUUUAAUAAACUUGAACUUGAACUUGGAAAUCGGCUUUAACCGCAAAGUUAAAGGUUUAUGUGCAGGCGAUCGGGUGAUCAAUUUUCAGCAAGUUAUAUAAAACAUUAUUGCCUUAUAACAGGAAUAUAGCAACGGUACCAUUCAAAUACUUUACGGAGUAAAACAACACAAACUAAAAUGCCGAUGAAAUGCCAACAAUUUUCAUUCGCAUGAUGUUAAAAGUGUUUUGUUGCGAAUCUUGUAUUUUUUAUGUUUAUCUAUUGCAACGCUUUCGAUUAAAUUGUUUUUUUUUUGGUUCACAGAAAAAAUUAGUCUUUGAUUUUGAAUUAUAAAGCUAAAUCAUGUUUAUUUCCCCUUGUUGCAGCUUGUACCUCUGGCAAACAUCUUAAUGGAUUUAGUGGAUUCUUUUCAACUCCAAAUUUCCCAAGUAACUACCCUCAAUACAGCAAAUGUACCUGGAAUAUCACAGUUCCCAGCGGGUACAUCAUUAAACUUAGCUUCCUCUACUUU